UGGGGAACAAGACCCGGGGCGGGGAGAGAGAGCCGUAUAAGUAGUACCGGCUGGACCUCACUAGGAAACAAGGGAAAUAAUUUGAAGCUCAUCGGCGACACACCGUCACCCUUGAUCAAGUCACAUUGCAGAACUCGCGCGAAUCAAGAUCACCUCAACGCAAAAUGGGGGGCUCUAGCACCAUCGUCGACUCCAUCAACUUUGUCGAUACUGCCUCCAGCCAGCGCAUCGAGCCCGGCUCCGUCAACCUCCCACCCGCCCCCUGGCCAGCGCACUUCAAGACCGAGCCCACGUCCGACCAGGUAGCCAAGAUCGCCGCCAAUGUUGUCGACACGGUGAACAACCACUUCGACAAGGUCCCCGACCUGUUCCUCGACUCCCAGGCCGGCUUCUGGCGAGACCACCUAGCCCUAACCUGGGACCUGCGCACUCUCAAAGGCAAAGACAAGAUCCGCAACUUCUUGCAAGCCGAAGCCCAAGUCAAGAAAGUGCCCCUGCAAAUCCAGAUCGACGAGUCCCAGGCUUUCCGCAAGCCGCAAGUCGGUGGGUUCGCUCCCGUCAACGGGCUCAAGGGCAUCCAGUUCUUCAUCACGUUUACAUCGCAAAAUGGCAAGGGGCGCGGUGUGGUGAGGUUGGUACAGGAGCACAAGACGGAGGAGUGGAAGAUCUGGACCUUCUUUCUCACUCUUGACGAGUACCGCGGUCACCCAGAACCCAAGGGACCCAAUAGGCCCAAGGGCGUCGAGCAUGGUGGCCAGCCAGGACGGAUGAACUGGGCGCAGAAGAGGCAGGAGGAGAUCAAUUUCACCAAAAACGAGCCCGAUGUGUUGAUUCUUGGCUGCGGCCAAGGCGGCCUCACCGCCGCCGCCCGUCUCAAGAUGCUCGGCGUCUCCUCGCUCAUCAUCGACCGCAACCCGCGCAUCGGCGACAACUGGCGCAACCGGUACCACCAACUCGUCCUGCACGACCCAGUCUGGUACGACCACCUGCCGUACCUCCCCUUCCCCGACCAUUGGCCCAUCUUCACGCCCAAGGACAAGCUAGCCGACUGGUUCGACUCGUACGCCAAAGCGCUCGACCUCAACGUCUGGCUGCGGUCCACCAUUGUCUCCUCCGAGUACGACAACUCCCGCAAGGCCUGGAAAGUGGUCAUUCGCCGCUCCUUUGUCAAGUCCUCGCGCCCUUCCUCCUCCUCCAACCCUCCUACGGCCGGCGCACCUGCAGCACAAGUGGAAGAAGAGAUCGAACACAUGGAACUCACCGUCUACCCCAAACACAUUAUCCAAUGCACCGGCGGCUCAGGAAAGCCCAACAUGCCGACCUCCAUCCCCGGCAUUACCGGCGGCGUCUUCAAGGGCGACCGGCUCUGCCACUCUUCGCAGUUCACCACCGCCACCCCGCUCGCCAAGCGCGGCUCCAAAAAGGCCAUCGUCGUCGGCGCGUGCAACUCGUCCCAUGACAUUUGCCAGGAUUUCUACGAGCGCGGGUACGACGUGACCAUGGUCCAGCGCUCCUCGACCUUUGUCGUGUCCUCGUCUGCGGCGCUCAAGUACCUCAUCGGCCCGCUCUACAGCGAGGGCGGGCCGGCGGUGGAAGACGCCGAUCUGUUCCUCUGGUCGCACCCGAGCGAGGUGCUCAAGACGCUGCAGCAGGACUUGACCAAGCUGACGAUUGAGCACGACGCCGAGUUGUUGGCGGGGCUGGAUCGAGCUGGGUUCAAGCUGGACAAGGGCGUUGAUGGCGCGGGUCUGUUUGCCAAGUAUCUGCAGCGGCAGGGCGGGUAUUAUAUCGACGUCGGCACUUCCAAGUUGAUUGUUGAGGGCAAGAUUGCCGUCAAGUCGGGGGUGGGCAUCGCGGCGGUGGUGGAGAAGGGUUUGCAGAUGGAGGAUGGGGAGGUGUUGGAGGCCGAUGAGAUUGUGUUCGCUACGGGGUAUAGUAAUAUGCGGUCAACGGCCAGGGAGGUGUUUGGGAACGAGCAAGUAGGGGACAAGGUCGGUGAUGUGUGGGGAUGGAAUGAGGAAGGGGAGAUGAGAGGGAUAUGGACGAGGAGUGGACAUGAGGCGUUUUGGUUUCACGGAGGAAAUCUGGCGUUGGCAAGGUAUUAUUCGAGAGUCGUGGCGUUGCAGAUUAAGGCGAGCUUGGAUGGGUUCCUGUAGGGGUAGUGGAGCUCAAGGUAGUGCGAGGGUUAGGUUUGUUUGAUAGGUAGUGGCGUGAUGAUUAAGAAAGUCUACAGAUACAAGUUUCCCAUGGGGGUGGUUUGUCCGCCCUUUCAUCAA